CAUCACUACGAAUUAAUAAUCCAUUUAUAUAUUUUCUUCUCCUCUUCGUUUCUACCAUUCUUUAUUUCUCUUUGACGGCUUUGCUAUCUUCUUCUCCAAUUCAAUAUAUGUUAAGUGAAGUUUACAAUAUGAACUUAGAUAAGCACAAUGAUGUUGGUGUUACAUCCGUGCUAAUAUUCUCAACUGGGUUCUUGAAUUUGUUGCGUUUUGGUAGCUGUGUCCUUCUCUUUCCUUCACUCCGUAGAUAUUGUUUGCUAAAUUUUAGUCCUCCUGUGUAAACACAUAUUUUGGCCCGUGAGAGCUGAAUAAUUGAGUAGAAUAACUUUUGUUCUGCCAUCAUUGUGGUUCCCGUGUAGUUUUUCUUUAUGAGUGGUAUUGGUUUACAUGGAGAAAAUCAGAGAAGGUUGAAGAAAAUUUCUGUUGGAGGUGAUGUAGAGAAACUAGCAAAUUAUUCUUUUCUGCAAGAGACCAAUCCUCUUCCUGUUUAAUGGUCAUGUAAAAGGAAGGAGCUACUUAUUGAACUUAUGGUUAUUAUAUCCUUCUAAGAUAUUAUUAUAUUUUAGUAGGCAGGACAACAUGACUUUUACAGUUUCCCCUCAGAAAUCUAUAGUAGAAAUUCAUUGUUUUCAUGGCUUGCAUUCAUGCUUUAAAAAAGUUGGGUUCAAUUGUUCAAUGGUGAAAGCAUCAGUCUUCGAUCUGAAAUAUUCAAUGAAGUGCAUUCACAGAAACGAGUCGUGUUUACAGUGGACAGGAGAUCUUCAAUCAGGAAAAACUUUGUUUUCUUUGCAAUGCAAAGGACUGCAAAGAAGUGUUUGCAUUGAUAGGGUUGACGAAAAUGACCAAGAUGAAUGGAGCUCUGAAACUCAUCUACUGGGUGUAGGUAGAAAAUUCAGGGAGCAAAUGAGCACAAAGAAUCAUGGAUCUCCAACAUUAUCCAUUGAUGGGCCUUUUGUUGAAAAUGAUGAAGAAACCAACAAUGAAAUCCUGCAGCAUUUGUGCAACAAUGGGAGACUCAUGGAUGCAUCGAGGCUGAUAGAUAUUAUGGCUCGUAGGAACCAAAUUCCCCACUUCAUUUGCUGUACAAACUUAAUCAGGGGCUUCGCUAAAGUUGAACAGAUAGAUAAAGCCGCCAAGGUUCUUAAAAUCAUGGUCAUGUCAGGUGGGGUUCCAGAUGUUAUUACAUACAACAUGAUGGUUGGAGGUUUAUGCAAGAGAGGAAAACUAAGAUCUGCCAUUGACCUCCUCGAAGAUAUGAGCUUGAGUGGUUGCCCUCCUGAUGUGAUCACUUAUAACACAAUAAUUCGUUCCAUGUUUGAUAAUCGAAAUUUUGAUCAAGCUGUUCAAUUCUGGAAGGAGCAAUUAAGGCGGGGAUGCCCUCCAUAUCUUAUAACCUACACAGUUCUCAUUGAGUUAGUCUGCAAGCAUUGUGGAACUGUUAGGGCCAUGGAAGUAUUGGAGGAUAUGGCAAUCGAGGGAUGUUAUCCUGAUCUAGUUACCUACAAUUCGUUGGUCAAUUUUUCUUGUAAACAGGGGAAAUAUGAAGAUGCAGCAUUGAUCAUUUAUAACAUUCUGUCUCAUGGAAUGGAGCCCAAUGCUGUAACUUACAAUACACUUCUGCAUUCUCUUUGUAGUUCUGGGUUAUGGGAUGAAGUGGAUGAGAUCCUUGCAAUUAUGAAAGAAACUUACCAUCCUCCUACUGUAGUUACUUACAACACACUGAUUAAUGGCUUGUGUAAGUUUGGACUUGUGGAUCGCGCCAUUGACUUCUUUCUUCAAAUGGUUUAUGAAGAUUGUUUGCCUGACAUUGUUACUUAUAAUACUCUCCUUGGUGCACUAUGUAAAGAAGGACUGGUGGAUGAUGCCCUUCAAUUACUUAGCCUUUUAAGCUUUAGCAGCUGUUCUCCUGGGUUGAUAACUUAUAAUACUGUGAUUGAUGGAAUGACCAGAAGGGGAAGUAUGGACAAAUCAAUGACGUUAUACAAUCAAAUGAUAGAAAAUGGGAUCAUUCCUGAUGGUAUUACCCAUCGUUCAUUGGUUUGGGGGUUUUGCUCAGCAAAUCAAGUUGAAGAUGCUGUGGAGAUACUGAGAGAGAUGGGAAAGAGAGAGCACAGGAUCAAUAGUAGUGCUUACAAAAUGGUGAUUGAUGGAUUAUGUAAAAAGAAGAAGGUGGAUAUUGCAAUACAAGUUCUAGAAAUUAUGAUCUUAAAUCGAUGCAAGCCGGAUGAGGAAAUUUAUUCUACUCUAAUUAAAGGUCUGGCAGAUGCCGGUAUGAUCGAAGAGGCUAACGAAUUGCAACAGAAGUUGAUAAAUAAAAAAGUUCUUAAUGAUCAAACUAUAUUGGAUUAACAGUUUAUGUAAGAAGGGUUCUUUGAGCUCACUCAUACUGUCUGCCUUGAGGUUUGAUGCAGGAAUGUUAUGUAGUUCUUUCCUUAACCUUGGCUCAGGAUCUUUAUGAAUUACAGAGCAUGUUUGAAA